CACUGUACAGAUGAGGUUGCACAUAAAGAUCAGGAACUUAUCUCUCAGUUUGCUCAACAACAUCUUUCAGACAGCAGCAACAAUGAAAUAUUGCCUGAAGUGGUUGAUGCAAUUUGCCAAAGUCGUCUGGUUCGGACCCAAAUUGACAGCCUUCUGGUUGAAUCACUCUCAGUCAGGGCAGAUGUAAUUCCUGAGGACUACUUUGAAGAUUCACAUGGACUUCCUGUUGUUCCUGUAAUGUCUCAUGCUGACCUAAAAGACCAUCAGAGAGCUGAUUCCAGUGUCAGGGAAGUUAUCCAUCAGUUGGAGACUGGUGAAAAGAUUCCUCCAACAGUCAGAAGUGAACUUCCAGAAAUUUCUCUUCUCCUUAGAGAAUUAGCUAAACUGGAGAUGAUUGAUGGCAUUCUUUACAGAAGGCGGCAAGAGAAUGAGCAACAUAUAUACCAGCUGGUCCUUCCAGCAGAUCUUCGUGAAUCUGUUCUUCAUAGUCUCCACAAUGACAUGGGCCACCCGGGAAUGGACCGAACCCUGGGCCUGGUUAGAGCUCGAUUCUAUUGGCCUAGGAUGGCUAUGGAUGUGGAGCAGAAGAUAAAAACAUGUGGACGUUGUGUUCGUCGAAAGAGCCUGCCGGAAAGAGCUGCUCCUUUGGUCAAUAUUCGGACUUCACGGCCAUUGGAACUCAUUUGUAUGGAUUUCCUCAGUAUUGAGCCAGAUACCAGCAACACCAAAGACAUUCUUGUGCUGACAGAUCAUUUCACCAAGUUUGCCAUGGCCAUUCCAACGCCAAAUCAAAAGGCAAGAACAGUCGCCAAAUGUCUUUUGGACAAUUUCAUCAUUUAUUUUGGAAUACCAGAAAGACUACAUACAGAUCAAGGUUCAGAUUUUGAGUCCAAGUUGAUAAAAGAGCUGUGUGCUAUGAUAGGAAUCCAAAAGUGUCAUACAACACCAUACCAUCCUAGAGGAAACCCUGUAGAAAGGUUUAAUCGUACACUGCUAUCAAUGUUAGGAACUCUUGAACCAAAACAGAAGUCAAAAUGGAAAGAAUAUGUUAAACCUCUUGUUCAUGCGUACAACUGUACCAGAAAUGAAGUGACAGGAUAUUCUCCUUAUGAACUUAUGUUUGGACGCUGUCCUCGACUCCCAAUUGAUCUUGCUUUUGGUCUUCCUGUUUUUGAAGAGAAAUGUCCAUCACAUUCUCAGUAUGUACAGAACCUGAAGUCACGGUUGAAAGAAAGUUAUCAGAUGGCGUCAAAGAACUCUGCCAGAAGUGCUGAAAGGAACAAGACUCGGUUUGAUCAGCGGGUUCUACCUUCCAAGCUGGAAGUUGGAGAUCGAGUACUUGUGCGGAACGUGAGACUCAGAGGUAAACACAAACUCUCUGAUAAAUGGGAACAAGAUGUCUUUGUAGUGGUGAAGUGUGCUGGAGAUCUUCCAGUUUAUACUGUAAAGCCAGAGUGCAAAGAUGGCCCAGUACGCACACUACACAGAGAUCUUCUCCUUCCAUGUGGUUUUCUCCCUACAAUAGAUGCUGAAAGAUCAACUGAGACAGUUUCAGUCACAAAACCCCAGACAUGUCAACAAAUCAAGAAAGGGCAACAAUUUCCUGAUGACUCUGCUGAAAGUGAGGACUGUGAUCAAGUGAUUCCAUUCUAUCCCGUUCCACCUCCAGUGAAGUUCAAUGUGGAGAAAACACUCAAAAAGUCAUCACUUUCUGAUGAUGUAAGGAACUCUGUUGUUCCAACAGCUUCCCCAGUGAAGAAACAAGCUAAUGAAAGUCUUUCAGAUUCUGAGAGUGUGAAAUCAGUUGCUGAAGUGGAAUCAAUGGAACCAGAAUCCAGUAUUGAAGAACAACCUGAUGUGUCUGCAGAACAAGUUCCACCUCAUUCUGAAGACUUACCUGAUCCAGAAAGCCCAGUUAGUGAGACUGUUCAAGCUCCUUCUGAAAUCACUUUGAACAGAUCACCAAACCUUGAUGGCAUAAAUCAAAUUAAUGACAUCCCUCCAAGACGUUCAACACGUCAUAGAGUGGUACCUAAAAGACUUCAAUAUACCACUUUAGGCAAUCCGCUUAUUUCAGUCGUUCAAACUUUAUUGCAUAGUUUGUCCGAUGCUUUAGUUGGGACACCCACCACUUCUAGCACUGUUCACAUUGUCUAAUGUUUACAUGUCACGGGACGUGCAUGAUUUAAGGGGGGAGGAUGUAACCCAGGGUAAAAACUGCCUUAGUCCCACCUUUGCUACUUCAUUGGUUAGAGUGACAGUCAGUCACUCAGUGCAAUCAGCCAAUCACUGCACCUGAAGUAGGUUUUUCAGGCCUGCUCCAGCUUUCCCAAUCAGCUGUGAGAGGGAGAGCUGGAGACAAAGGAGCUGCAGGUUUGUGCUGUCAAACAAUUGGUUCUUUCUUUGUUUGUAUGCACUUUGUUUAAAAAACUCACAAUAUAAACCAUGUAGAUCUGAAUAUCCAGUGAGUUUGGAGCCAUGAAGCUGCCAUGCACUGAUCUUUAAAAGGAAUUGGCCAGGUGAUUUCCCCUUUUUGGGGUUAAAGGAUGGCGAGCUUCUAAGAUCUGGCUGGAGCCAGGAGAACCGAAUUUCACUCCAUACUGGUCUGGUAGGAGUUUGAUGGUCCAUGAACUUUCCCCUCCUUCUCAUUACACAGACACACUACCCAUUAUUCACCCUUUCCAUCAGAGCUGAAUUGCGCUUGGACAUUUUUCCCUAAAGUUUCUGGAUAAACAAACUAUGGACUUUUAAAUGUGUGUCGGUCAGACACUGUGUUGACCAAGCGGGGAAAAGUGAAGGACUCUGUGCACAUUAGAACAUCAACUGCAGUAUUGUGUAUAUAUUUAUUGUAUUUUGGUUUCCAUGUAUGUUUUGUAUUGUUUAUUUAAUUUUCUUCUUUAAAAAAUACAUAGUAUUGAAAACAGUUACUCUCUUGUAUUGUUUUAUUGAUUUCUGACGACAGCUCCAGCAGACGAAUUUAGUUUUUCUGAUGUCAGAAGCUAUUUAGUCCUUCAGUGCAUUAAGUACUGUU